UUCCUGUGGAAAUGAUCAGAAGCUCUAAAACCAGGCGGAAGUAGCAUGGAACGGAAUGGCCUCCCUUGAGUCGUUGAUACAGAAAUGCAACUCUCUCUCUCACGUCAAACAGCUCCAAGCCCAUUUCAUAACCACCAGCCAACUUCUCUUCUGUUCCUCCCGUACCAAACUCCUCGAGCUCUGCGCCGUCUCACCCUUUGGUGACCUCUCUUACGCCACCCACCUAUUCCGACACAUCCAAAAUCCAUCAACUAAUGAUUGGAACGCCGUCGUUCGGGGCCUCGCAGCCGGCCCCGAACCCACGAGGGCCAUCUCGUGGUACCGAACCAUGUCGCGCCAGUCCUGCAGAGUGGAUGCGCUCACCUGCUCAUUCGCUCUCAAGGCAUGUGCACGUGCGCUGGCUCGCUCCGAGGCCAUGCAGAUACAUUCUCAAGUUGUGCGAUUAGGAUUCUAUGCCGACGUUCUCUUGAUGACUACUUUGUUGGACGCGUACGCUAAAUCCGGCGAUCUUGAUGGUGCCAAGAAGGUGUUUGAUGAAAUGGUUGUUAGAGAUAUUGCCUCGUGGAACGCUUUGAUUGCUGGGCUGGCUCAGGGAAGUCGACCCAGUGAAGCUAUAGAGUUGUUUAACGGAAUGCGGGUAGAGGGUUGGAAGCCUGAUGAAAUCACUGUUCUUGGGGCUCUCUCGGCGUGUUCGCAAUUGGGUGCUUUGAAAGAAGGCGAAAAGGUUCACAGUUAUAUCAUGGGAGAGAAGCUUGACAUGAACGUGCAAGUUUGCAAUGCAGUUAUUGACAUGUAUGCAAAAUGUGGCUUUGCCAAUAAGGCAUAUACGGUGUUUAAGAACAUGUGCUGUAGGAGUCUUGUUACGUGGAAUACCAUGAUUAUGGCGUUUGCCAUGCAUGGUGAUGGAUACAAGGCUCUUGAGCUUUUUGAGCAAAUGGGUCAAGCCGGGGUGCACCCAGAUGCGGUGUCAUAUCUUGGCGCAUUGUGUGCAUGCAACCACGCAGGCUUAGUGAAUGAUGGGGUUCGGUUGUUUGAUUCCAUGGCAGGGUCUGGGUUGACACCUAAUGUUAAGCAUUAUGGUAGUGUGGUUGAUUUGUUGGGUCGUGCUGGGAGGCUCAAAGAGGCUUAUGAUAUUGUAAGCUCUAUGCCUAUGAAAUCCGAUGAGGUUCUUUGGCAGACUUUGCUUGGUGCAUGCAAGACUUAUGGGAAUGUGGAAAUGGCUGAGAUUGCCUCACGGAAGCUGGUGGAGAUGGGGUCUAAAAGUUGUGGGGAUUUUGUGUUACUGUCGAAUGUUUAUGCAGCUCAUGAGAGAUGGAAAGAUGUGGAUAGGGUGCGAACGGCGAUGAAGGAUAGAGAUGUGAAGAAGAUACCAGGGUUUAGUUACAUCGAAGUGGAUGGCGUCAUACAUAAGUUUGUAAAUGGUGAUCAGAACCAUUUCAAUUGGCGCGAGAUUUAUGCAAAGCUAGAUGAGAUUAAGUUCAGGACUAAAGCCUAUGGGUAUGUGGCUGAGACUAACUAUGUGUUGCAUGAUAUAGGACAAGAGGAGAAGGAGAAUGCAUUGUGUUAUCACAGCGAGAAGUUGGCUGUGGCUUUUGGUUUGAUUAGCACAGCUGAGGGGACCCCAAUCCAAGUGAUUAAGAACCUUAGGAUAUGCGGGGAUUGUCAUGUUGUGAUUAAAAUUAUAUCAAAGAUCUACAACAGGGAAAUCGUUGUGCGAGAUCGAGCUCGAUUUCACAGAUUUACAGAAGGUUUAUGUUCUUGCAAAGAUUAUUGGUGACACAGAACCUAUAGUUCCUGGGUCAUGAAGAUGGCCUAUCAUCAAUCUAAAUCAGUGGAAAACUGAUGAUGGGCGAUUUGUAGCCUGCUUUCCAGACACAGAAGUUGAGCUUGUUACCUAGACUAGUCGCUGGGGAAAACAACAUUUUGUCUCCUGUAUCCAUCAACAUUUUUGGGGAUGAAGAUGACAUCUGCAAGAGGGAGUUUGGGGUGGUAUACAUGUUGCCAGGUAUACUUCAUACAUAAUCGACUGCAGAGGUACGGACAUGUAUACAUGUUCAUGCAAUCCAACCCUCUCCCAUUUAUUCUUUUCACUUCUUAUCUUCGUAUUUCUUUUUCUGUCGUUCAAUCCUUUGCGGCAGUUCCAAUCUUUCGCAAGCGGUCUUUUAUCUUCAACCAUCCGAUUCAAUACACAGCCUUGUUAAAUAACAUUUUGCUAAUACUGAUUUUACCAAUGAGAAGACUUGUUUUCUUUUUUGUUUUA